AUGGAAGAUUCUGGUAUUGACUCAACAAGUCAUUUGGACAAGGAAUUAUUCCUGCCAGUUGAAAUUUCUGGAGAUACAUCACAUGGUGAUAAGGCUCACUCUGCUGGUGCAAACCUGCAUCCAAUAAUUUUCACAACACAGGAACAGAGCUCUUGCAUAGCAUCAACAGUUUCAGACAUUACUGGAAGUUCUGAUACAUCUUCCAUUGCAAAGCAAGUAGAUACAGGUAGUACGAAGCACGCUGCUGACUCCAGUAUUGGGCCUGAAGAGUUAGAAUCUGCAUGGGUGACUUUGCAAACUGCUUUAGGCAAGAAGUCUGGAGCAAAACCAGUGGUGGACAUGGUGAACAAACUGUUGGAAACCGUGAAGGAAGACAAUUCGAGUGUUGAUUACUGUUUGGUUGUAUCAGACAAGAAGAGUGGUAAAAGUUCAGUUAUAGGCUCUCCAGAUAUAGCUCUUAGAAGAAGUAAGUCAUCUUUAUAUUCAAUAUACAGGCCCGUAGGAAGGGGAGGGGGCUAA